UCGAUCAAUUUAUCUUUUUCCUCGAAAUUAUCUAUAUGCCAACUUCAUCGAAAGCAGAAAUUUUAUCACUUUAUCGUGGUUUUCUUCGUAUUAUUGAGAAUUGGCCAAAUGAUUAUUUACGACCGAACCGGAAUUUAAAACAUGUAUUAUAUUUACGUGUCACAGAAGGGUUUAGGCAAAACACGGUUGUAAAAUCUCCACACAUAUAUAAUAGUUUGGUUUCAAACGCUGAAAAAGAAUUGAAUGCUUUAAGAGUAUUGGAAGAAAAUGAAUUUAAGGAGAAAUAUCCUCUUUCGGAUAAAAUGUAUAGGCCGGCAGCAAAUCCUAGAUAUUAUUUUGGACUUCUUGCAGAAUUAGAUAAAGCUGCUAAACAAAAACAAAUAGAUGAUUCAACGCCACCUUCAUGGUGGAGAAGACUUUUCGGUUUGGGUCAUUACAAAGAGCUUUAACAUAAACUUUUUAGAUACUGAGAAUGAACAUUAUAAAAAAUUUUGUAAUUUAAUUUUGGAUACAAAAUAAUAAUUAUGAAUUAUCAUUAAGGCUAAUUCUUUUUUUCAUAAUUGGCCAUCUAUGCCAAUUCCAUUUCAGUGUUCCACUAAUUCGCAUUGGCUUGCCUUCGUAUAAUAUUUUACCU